AUGCCGAACGAGGAAGAGACGGCGAGGGGCGAAUUGGUAGAGCAAGCAGAGACCAAAGAGGAGGAGAAAAGGACGUUCAAGUGCCAGUACUGUGACCGGAUGUUCACGAGCUCGCAAGCCUUGGGCGGCCACCAGAACGGCCACCGCAGGGAGCGCGACGCUGCCAAGAGAGCGGAGCACGAGGCGGAGUUCUACGGCAUGCAGGUACCAGCGGUGCCCAUGCUGCCGUCCACCCCAUAUAUGCAACCCCAUCACUCGUACAUGCACGCGGCCAGAGCGCAGUACGUGCCGCCCUUGCACCCGACGCCGUACCGCUCCAUGCCGAGGCCUUCCGCCGGCUACCAACCUCAUCUUCAUCAUCAUCAUCAUCAUCAGCAUCAUCCCUACAGCUUCCACAACUACGGCGACGCGACCAUGAGGAUGGAUCCGAGGUACACCUCAAGGCAGUCUUUUCUGGCUUCUCCCUACGGUGAUCAUCUGUCGAGGGAGGAGGAGCAGUGGAGGAUCGCGCAGUGGCAGAGGAGCUACCACCCUAGAUACGGCGGUGUUCUUAGGGCGACGAGGCCUGAGAUGGCACAAGCGAGAAUGGAAAGGCCAUCGGCACCCACAAGAAUGGAUGGGCCAUCAACAUCCACAAGAACGGACGGGCCAUCAACUUCCAUAAGAAUGGAAGGGCCAUCAUCUUCCACAAACUUAAGCCUGGCAUUCAAGCAAGACCGUGUGGGGGCUCCGGAUGCCAAGAACGCCGGUGACGAGGAGAUAGACCUCACACUGCAUCUUUGA